AUGGCUACGCUGAUGUCUUCCACUUCAUUCCUGGGAUUCCCAUUCCCCAAACCCUUCUCCUGCUUCACUCCUUUGUCAGGUGGCGGCACUUAUAAGAAAUCGAAGAGGGUAUGGAUAUGGACAGAAAGCAAGCAAGUCAUGACUGCUGCUGUCGAAAGAGAAUUGCAGCAGCUUCAACCAGAAAAUGGGCAGGCUGAGAAUGUUAUUAUUGAUCUAUUGGAUUGGCAGGCCUUGGAGCAUGGUUUGGGUGGAGUUGUUCUAAAAGUUGAAGAUGUUGAAGCUUUUCUUAAGUUAGAGGACUAUUUUAACACAAGGAAUGAAGCAAACAAUCUGUUGGGCUUGACCAAAGCCAUUGUAACUAGAGUUCAAGUAACCCAAAUGGGUGGUCGAGUUUGUGUGGAUCUCUGCAGCCUCAUGAAACCUGGUGAAGGACUUCUGCAUGAAUAUUCCGUCACAGUUGGUUCCUUUGCUAGAGGAUUAUUCCUUGUUCACUCAGAGUGCUUGGAGUCAAAUUACAUUGCAAGCAGGUCUUUCCGUGUUAAUGCGGGACCAGUACAUGCAUAUGUCUCAACUCCAGGUGGAAGGACUAGCUAUCUUUCAGAGCUAAAAGCAGGUAAGGAAGUUGUCAUGGUUGAUCAGAAAGGGCAGCUGCGAACUGCAAUUGUUGGCCGUAUAAAGAUAGAAACUAGACCUCUUAUCCUUGUUGAGGCAAAGAUUGAGUCAGAUGAUCAAACUCUGUACAGCAUUUUCCUCCAGAAUGCAGAAACAGUUGGCUUAGUCCAUCCAUUUGAAGGAAACGGACUGCUAAAAGAAGCGAUUCCUGUCACUUCACUGAAAGUUGGAGAUGAGGUAUUGUUGCGAAUACAAGGAGGUGUUGGACAUACAGGAAUAGAAAUUCAAGAAUUCACUGUUGAGAACUGA